AUGGAGUGUGGGAUUGCUGGUGAGGAGAGCUGUGGAGUGGAGUGUGGGACCUCUGGCAUGGAGACCAGUGUUGUGGAGUGUGGGACUGCUGGUGAGGAGAGCUGUGCCAUGGAGUGUGGGAUCUGUGGUGUGGGACCGCUGCUGAGGAGAGCUGUGGCGUGGAGGAGUCCUAAAGCUGUGGUGUCCAUAACGCCUGAUACACAUGUGUUCACUGGAGAGAUUGUUACACUCAGAUGUGAGAAACAGGGAGGAGGAGACACUCAGUGGACUUACAAAUUCAAUAAAAGUAAAAAAGAACUCUCAAAUGAAGAAGGGAGAUUCUAUGCAGACAGUGCAAGUCAGGUGUUUAGAAUCCAGCAUGUUGAAGACUCUGACAGUGGUACCUACACCUGCAGAGGAAAGGGGAGAGACUCUCAGAGCUCAGAGAUCAGUGAUGCUGUUACACUGACUGUAUCAGCAAAACCCAAACCGACUGUGAGAGUGAAUCCUCAGAGCUCCGUCUACACUGGAGACACCAUCACUCUGAGCUGUGAGCUGCAGCAGGGGACUGGAUGGGAGUUUCAGUGGUACAAAAAUGAUCAGUCAUUACAGAAUCUCAACAGGGAACAAGUGAAAACACUUAAUGCAACAGUCGAUAAUGCAGGAGAAACAGAGUACAAGUGUCGUACUGGCAGGAGAAACUACUACAACUAUCACAACAACUACUACUACUACUACACAGAGUUCAGUGAUUCUGUCAGAAUUACAGUGAGAGUAAGACCUAAACCAGUGGCAACCAUAAAUCCUGAUAAUCAGGUGUUCAGUGGAGAGACCGUCACUCUGAGAUGUGACAUACAGGAUGAAAGUGUCUCUAGCUGGCAGUACAGCUGGUAUAAAGAUGCUUCACACAGUCCUGUCAGUAGUGGACAGGUGUACAGAAUCAGUGGUGUUGAAGUGACCCACACAGGUAAAUACACCUGUAGAGGAGCAGAGAGAGGAGGUUCACGCUCCUCACACUCCAGUGAUGCUGUUACACUGACUGUAUCAGCAAAACCCAAAGCGACUGUGAGAGUGAAUCCUCAGAGCUCCGUCUACACUGGAGACACCGUCACUCUGAGCUGUGAGCUGCAGCAGGAGACUGGAUGGGGGUUUCAGUGGUACAAAAAUAAUCAGCUGUUACAGAAUCUGAACAGUAAACAAGAGAACACACUUAAAGUGACAGUCGAUAAUGCAGGAGAAACAGAGUACAAGUGUAAGGGAUUCAGAAGAAACUACUACACACAGUUCAGUGAUUCUGUCAAGAUUACAGUGAGAGCAAGACCUAAACCAGUGGCAACCGUAGAUCCUGAUAAUCAGGUGUUGAGUGGAGAGACCGUCACUCUGAGAUGUGACAUACAGGAUGAAAGUGUCUCUAGCUGGCAGUACAGCUGGUAUAAAGAUGCUUCACACAGUCCUGUCAGUAGUGGACAGGUGUACAGAAUCAGUGGUGUUGAAGUGACCCACACAGGUAAAUACACCUGUAGAGGAGCAGAGAGAGGAGGUUCACGCUCCUCACACUCCAGUGAUGCUGUUACACUGACUGCAAGACCUAAACCAGUGGCAUCCAUAGAUCCUGAUAAUCAGGUGUUCAGUGGAGAGACCGUCACUCUGAGAUGUGACAUACAGGAUGAAAGUGUCUCUAGCUGGCAGUACAGCUGGUAUAAAGAUGCUUCACACAGUCCUGUCAGUAGUGGACAGGUGUACAGAAUCAGUGGUGUUGAAGUGACCCACACAGGUGUAGAAGCUCCAUUCUCAGUGCUCAUGCUGAUCUGUAGUGUGGUGACGGUCUCUCCGUAUCUGCUGGUGACCAUCAUUCUGCUGCUCAUAUGUUACAGAGCUCGAGCUCACACUGAUGAAGACAGAAUUGAGAAUGCCGCCAUAGAGGAGUGA